AUGGCGACGAGAGCCCAUCAAAUCCCAUUUGAUCAAAACGCGAAGAAGUAUCAGUGUUUUUGCGGGAAUUUGCAUAUAAAGAAAGGCGCCCGUAUCGUUUCCUGUCUCUUGGCGUUGUCCCUGGCGGUGACGGUGAUCUUCUCAUUGACCCGGACAGCCACCGUCGCCUUCCAGAAUCUCUUCUCCGCCGCGUUUGGCGUCGUCGUUUUCGGCAUGUUGUUAUACGGGGUUUUCAAAGAAAAGCGACUCUACGUCUUGCCAUACAUGAUUUUUCAGACAAUCAGUCUCGUGCUCACUUUCAUCUCUCUCAUCGCUUUGUUGAUCAUGGUUGCAACGAAUUCGAAUGCGAUUAGUCAAUUGGCUCAAGAUUACGGGAGUUUGGAACAAUUGGGAAUGUCCCAAGAUGAUUUUAAUAAAGCUCUUUCCGGCUUUGUCGUCUUCAUGAUCAUUUUCAUUUGCAUAUCCGGGCUGGUAGAAGCGUAUUUCCUCGAAGUUAUCUACCGCUUCUACACAUUUUUAAAGGAUCGCGAGACCUCGUUCAACUUCAACUUCGACACGUGCACGCCCGGCUUCACCAACACUCAAGUCCACCCACCACAAUAUGAUGGAAUGAUGGGA